GGGGAUGGAAACACCUGCCCCAAGUGCUGGAAGCCAACCGCUGGCAACGACAACGCACCCAUCCGUGUCUCACCGCCCCGAGACCCGGCGGGUGUCCUCGCGAGACAAACUCGCCGAAAUGACUGCUUCCAGUCAAGGAAACGUUGAGAGAAAUUUUGAGUCGCUGGACCUCACAGAAUUUGCUAAGAAGCAGCCAUGGUGGCGCAAGCUGUUUGGGCAAGAAUCUGGACCCUCUGCUGAAAAGUAUAGCGUGGCCACGCAGCUGCUCAUUGGAGGCGUCAUGGGAUGGUGCACAGGUUUCAUAUUCCAGAAGGUUGGGAAGUUAGCAGCAACAGCUGUAGGUGGUGGAUUUUUCCUCCUUCAGCUUGCCAACCAUACUGGCUACAUCAAAGUUGACUGGCAGCAAGUAGAGAGGGAUAUGAAGAAAGCCAAGGAACAACUGAAAAUUCGUAAGAGCAAUCAGAUACCAAAUGAAGUCCAAAGCAAAGCUGAAGAAGUGGUAACGUUUGUGAAGAAGAAUGUCCUUGUGACUGGGGGAUUUUGUGGAGGCUUUCUGCUGGGCGUGGCAUCCUAA